AAAAUAAAGAGCAAAGAAAAUAAAAAAGGAGAAAAUACAAAGUAGAGAAAAUAAAGAGCAAAGAAAAUAAAAAAAAAACAGAGAAAAUACAAAAAGAAAGAAAAUUAUAGCCACAAAUUAUUCAAAGUAUUAAGACAUAGAAUACAAAUUGCAAAAAAGCAAAACCAACCUCAAAAAAAUGUCAUUCUAUAAAAGAAAGUAAUUUUCUGCAAUUAGAAUUAGCAAAACUAGAAAAAGAAGCAGCAAAAAAAGUUACUUAAUGGCAUGAAGUUGCAAAGGAUACGGAGAAGGUAUAUAAUUUUUCUCAGGAAGUUAUGAGACGUAUGUGAGUUUUUUUUCCUUCCUUUUUUUCAUCAUAAUCAUCAUUAUGCAGCGAUGACACCAAACAUGAAACGAGAGACAAAAAACGAAUUGCGAUGGGACAAUAAACCCAGAAUGAUAGUGCGUGUUACACGAAACAUAAACAAUUAUCAAAAGUAAAUAAUCAAGGGGGACUUGGAAAUUUUUUCUUCCUCUUUUUCUUCUAUAAAACAAUAUUGAUGGAAAAUAAUCUUCUUGUUCAUCGUGUCUGUGGGACGUUAUUAUCUAUUAAAGAUCGGGAUUCAACUUGUUGAACAAUAUUUGUUGUUUGUCGUGUUAUUUUCUUUUAUGGGACGCGAUUUAAUCGUUACAAGAAAAUCAGUUUGGUGGUUUGGUGAACGUUAGGAAAACAAAAACUAAAUUAGCGGAAAAAUGAUUGUUAAAAAUAAUGGUCUUUGGAUGAGGCAGAGGCGACUUGGUAUACCGAAAAGGACCAGUGAGCUUGUGGCAUUAGUGGCCUUGUCAACAACUUUAUUUCUCUUUCUACACACAAGAGAUCUUCAUUCUCGACUUCGAGAAAUGGAAGUACGUCUUCAGCCGGGAGAAGAUGAUUCACUAUCAGCCAAUCAAGUCUCAGCUGAAGGAGUUCAACUUGGCUCAGAACCAAGUGGAAUCGUUCAUUACACGAACGUGCAGCAAGCGAGCACAGAAGUGAUCAGAAGAAAUGAAUACUUGGAUAUUAGUGCAUUAAACAACACAAAGAGAGCAAAGAAGAAUGUACUAUUUUUUAAUCGUGUGCCAAAAGUUGGUUCCCAAACAUUUAUGGAACUUAUGAGAAGACUAUCAUUGAGAAAUGGAUUUUCUUUCAAUAAAGACAGAAUUCAAAGGGUCGAAACGAUACGUCUUGCUCCAAUCGAGCAGUUGCAACUUGCAAGAAUGAUCAGCAAUUUUUUGGAACCAUCCGUAUAUGUAAAACACGUGUGUUUUACAAAUUUCACCGAAUUUAAUCUACCUGAACCGAUUUAUGUGAAUAUGGUACGAGAUCCGGUGGAACGAGUGAUAUCAUGGUACUAUUACGUGAGAGCACCCUGGUACUAUGUCGAGAGAAAGCAAUUCUUUCCGGAUAUUCCUCUACCCGAUCCGGCAUGGCUAAGAAAGGAUUUUGAAUCCUGUGUAUUAAAUGACGAUCGCGAGUGUAAAUAUCUCGAAGGCGAGAUUCACGAGGGAAUCGGCGAUCACCGAAGGCAAUCACUUUUCUUUUGCGGCCACAGCGAUAAGUGCAUGCCAUUUAACACUGUGGGAGCACUUGAAAGAGCAAAAACCUCUCUGGAAAAACAGUACGCAGUAGUUGGAGUUCUGGAGGAUUUAAAUACCACAUUGGCAGUUUUAGAAAAUUAUAUUCCAUUAUUCUUCGAAGGUGCUACCGAAGUUUAUAGAGAUCAAAUAAAUUCCUUUACAAGAAUCAACAGAAAUUCAUUUAAGCCACCAGUGAGCGAAGAAGUCAAGGAAUUAGUAAGAAGAAAUUUUACUCGUGAAAUCGAAUUUUACCAAUUUUGCAAACAACGUCUUCAUAAACAAUAUAGAGCUCUUAAAUUAGCGAAUAAAUUAACUUCUGAUGGACGAAAAACAAUGAAUGACAAAUCAGUAUUUUAAAUAUCUGAUGAUCGCCAGUAUUAGAAGAGGAAAGAAAACAACAUGAAAAAUUUAUCUUGCCUAACCAAAUACACGGAACAAUUUCUCAGAUUUUUCUUAAUAAAAGAAAAAACUAGAAUCUAAUUUCCUGAAUUAUUCUGAUAAAAUUUAAAAACCAGUAUGACGACAAAUAAAUAAUCGAAUUUUUCUUUAAAAAAAAGCCUCUGAAUGUAGAUUAAAAUGUAGAUAAAAAAAAAGAAGAAUUCUGUAUUCUAAUUUAAUAUUCGUUUCUAAGUAUAUUCCUAAUGUUUAAAAACAAUUAAUUAUGUGUGAUUUAGUUUUUAGGCUUAUAUAAGAUAUUAUAAUAAAAAUAGAGGCAUUAAUAUAAAAAACAAUGCUUUUUGAAAUUUAUAUAUGCAUAUAGUGUAAAAAAAAUUAGAAAUUAAGCAUAGUUAAUAAAUGGGAUGUAUUUUUUUAAUAAAAAAAAAAAAAAUUGUUGACGCCUGAGAAGACUCAUUGUCACGACUGAAUCUAAUGUUACAAACUUUUCUUCGAAUUAUAUGAAAAUAUUCUAUAUAAAUAUGAAUAAUUGUUGAACAAAGAGCUUUUUGUUUCUAAUAAUACUAAGAUCGAUAUUUUUUUUUAUCAGUGAUAACGUU